GUUUACAGCCGUGACCUGCUAUCAUUGUAACGCGACAGUGAAAGACUACCAUCUUUGUAAUACAACAAUGAAGUGCGCUGAAGGAGAGAUUUGUAUGAAGAAGGAAUUAAAAUCUGCAUUGGAUGGACAUCACGAAUAUGAAAUGACAUGCGCAGACAAAGUGACGUGUGAUGACCCAUGGAGUAGUUUAAGUGCAUUCGGAAAGCGUAGCAAAGAUGCACGUGACGUUUCAAUAACAUGUUGUUCGGACGACCUCUGUAAUUAUCCGGAAACCUUAACAACAAAACCAGAAGUAUUUACCACGGCUAUUCCAACAACAACAACAACAACAAGACCAACGACAAAACCAACAACAACAAGGCCGACUGGUUGUGUAAUAGACCUUGUAAUUGUAAUAGAUGAGUCGACCAGUGUCAGAAGGUACCAAAGCGGAGGUUGA